AUGGGAAAAAUCAUCGUUUAUGAGCAUGCCAACUUUCAGGGUUUGUCCAGAGAAUUCACCACUAACAUUGCCAAUCUAAAAGAUGCAGAUUGGAAUGAUUGUAUCUCCUCAGUGAGAGUAAUUGGCCAGCCUUGGGUGGCUUAUCAGCACCAAAACUAUACAGGCCAGUUAGUGGUAUUUGAGGAGGGGGAUCAUGACUUUGUUGGUAAGAAGAUGAAUGACAGGAUCAGUUCUCUGCAGGUGAUCACUGAAAAUCUGCACAAUCCCCAGAUCACCCUCUACGAACAUGCCAAUUACCAAGGGAAGAGCAGGGUAAUAACAGAAGCAACCAGUCUGGCUAGGGGACAUGAUAACGACACCAUAUCUUCUCACCAAGUCCAGAGAGGUGUCUGGCUGUUGUGUGAACAUGGUGAUGGAAGUGGUUUUCAAUACAUUGCACGAGAACAUGAACACCUUCCAAACUACAAGGCAAUCAAAUUCAAUGACAAGCUUUCAUUCCUGCGUCCCCUUCUCCCUGGUCUUGGCCCUGGCCAUGGUCACAGCCACGGCCACGGCCAUGGCUGUUAG